AUGACUUUGGAACAGAAACACAAGUUAGACAAUACAGACAGUCCCAUGGGAAUGGCUGUCGGCAUGCCGAAUGUGAAGGGCUUUCCUGCUGCCGCCGAUUUGUCGCUGGGCCCGACUGGUAUAGAUUUGGCUAAGAAUCCUUUAGCUGAAACGCAUGAAUUCAGACAAGCAUGCUCGAUCUGCUUCGUGAAAACUGGGCCUGGUGUGUUGGAUUACACACUUCACACUGAAGAUCAUAAAUGCAAAAAGGAUGCUUUACUUGGCAGAAUAAAGCACUCUGCAGACAAAACAUGGAAGCUCAUUCGCCCCAGACCAACAAAAACGCAAUAUGUUGGACCUUAUUACAUUUGCAAAGAGGUGGCUGUUGGAAAGGAGUGCCUGUAUCCCGGUCACUGCACAUUUGCAUACUGCCAGGAAGAGAUUGAUGUUUGGACUCUAGAGCGAAAAGGGUUUAUCUCCAGGGAGCUACUUUUUGAUCCUUUUGGGCACAGUGCCAAUGUGAGGUUGAAUAUCCCAAAGAUCUUGCAGGAGCAUCAUGGGAUAUUCAUGUUUCUCUGUGGAGUGUGUUUUGAUCACAAACCCAGAAUAAUCAGCAAAACCAACAAAGAUGAUCCUUCACGUUGCUCCCAUCCAGUGACAAAGCACGACUUUGAAGAGCAUAAGUGCCUGGUUCAUUUGAAGGAGAACACAGUGCGCUAUUCCAAAAUCAGACCUUUGAGUCCCCUGUGCCAAUUGGACCUUUGUCGCCAUGAAGUUCGUUAUGGCUGCGUGAGAGAAGAUGACUGUUUCUAUGCCCACAGUCUCGUUGAACUGAAGGUUUGGAUGCUGCAGCAUGAACUUGGCAUCACCCUGAAAGUAUUGUCCAGGAGGUCAAAGAAGUAUUGGAAUUCAGCAGCUGCUUUGCAAGGAAACCAGCUUUCUAGCACACAGAGAAGGUUUGGACCUCCAAAUAUGAAGCUGAUGUUCGUUUGUGGUCAGUGUUGGAGAAAUGGCCAACUGAGUGAAGCUGACAAGAACAAAAAGUAUUGCUUAGCCAAGGCCAGACACACGUGGGCAAAAGACAAGAGAGUUGUGCUUGCAACUUCUCUUGAAAGGAAAAAGUGGGCGGCGAUUCGACCCCUUCCAACCAAGAAGCCCAUCCCAUCUCAAUUUGAGAUUUGCAUGCAUGUGACAGCUGGCAAGAAGUGUCAAUACAUCGGGAACUGCACCUUUGCUCACAGCGUAGAAGAAAGAGACCUUUGGGGCUACAUGAAGGAAAACAACAUUCCAGAUAUGGAUCAGCUGUACGAGAUGUGGCUUCAGUCUCAGAAGCCUGGCUGGGGCGAAGAAUCUUCCAGUAACUCUGUUCGUGAGAACGGCAAGCAGAUCCACAUGCCGACAGACUAUGCUGAGGAAGUGGCUGGUAAUCACUGUUGGCUGUGCGGUAAAAACUGCAAUAGUGAGAAGCAGUGGCAGCAGCAUAUCACUUCAGAAAAACACAAGGAGCGAGUUUUCAACUCUGAGGAUGAUCAGAACUGCUGGCAGUAUCGAUUUCCCACGGGCACUUUUAAAGUUUGCGAGCGGUUCCUCAAAGGCACGUGCACGGAGGAGGACUUGUGUAAGCUGGCCCAUGGGGAGCAGGAACUAAAAGAGUGGCUGGAACGCCGUGAAUUCCUUUUGAUGAAACUUGCCAAAGCCAGAAAAGACCAUCUUAUAGCACCGAACGACAAUGACUUUGGAAAAUACAGUUUUCUGCUUAAAGACAUUAAGUAAAUGACGUAGACAUGAUCCCUGACAAAGAAAGCAGUAUUGUGUGGCACAAACAGUCUUGAGACGGGGGUGAUCCUUCAGGUCCCACGUGGAAGGAGGGAAACACCCUGAUCUCACAGCAUGAUUUUACUGAAGGGCUCUCCGACCCCGCCCUCUGAUUGGUGGUUGGUUUACUCUGUAAAGGCGUGUUACUGUUAACAGUGAAUGUUACAUGGGACAUUCCUGGAGCUUUGCUAUGCACCUUUCAGAAUAACUGAAACUGGUGAUGAAAAUAGCAUGUGUAAACCUCAAUCAGAGACACGAUCAGAUACUUAUAAAAUUCAAUUCUUAAGCAGGUUCUGUGUUAAUGACCUUUACCCUUCAGUAAGUUUUAAGUAUGAGAUACUUAAAAAAAAAAAAUCAAGUGUUGAGUUAACAUUAUCUUAUUUUAAAUUGUCAACAUUUUCAAUUUACAUUUGUGUAAUAGUGUUACCAGUGUAUUGGGCACCAACCAAAUAAAGGAUUUUUUUUAAA